UUUUUCAAAAUGGAUCCAAAUGAAAUCAAAAAAGAGCCGCAAACACCUUCAUCCCAAAAACGAGCAUCCCUUACUUUUGCCCGAAACCAUCCCGGCAGUUUAUCUCCACGUCGUCUUCCAACAAGUUCAAGUUAUGCUUCUGCUUUAUCCUCAACUACUGGAAGCGCAUUUAACCCUUCUGCUGUCGUGCGGCGUGAACUGGAAUUGGAAAGAGCUGAAAGUAGUGCUUCUACAACGAGGGCUUCUAGUGCGAGAAGGCAACAGAGCAUCGGCCCUCCCCAAGCUCCGGUUUCUCGCCGUUCAAUGGAUUUUGACCCAACAAAUAUUGCAAAUAUUCGCCAACAGAGGCGCUCGUUGAUGGGACAGUUAUCUUCAAAUGUCUCUACUACUGGGGCCAUAAAUGCUUCCCUUGCAUUACAAGCAGCUACAACAAAAAUAGAUAACAGACCGGCAAUUGUUAUUGAAAUUGGCAAUAGAUUGACAAAAAUUGGAUUCGCUGGUGAAUUUGUGCCUCUUGACGUUUUCCGAACAGAAUGGCAUGAUCCUAUGGAGACACCUGGACGGACAGUUCCUUCACCUAUAUUUUGUAGAGAUUGGAGUGAACAGGAACAAUAUGAAAGACUUGUUGAAUUUUUUCGAGUUAUUGUGUUUAGAAAAUUAAUCAAUCCCAUUGCUUCUCGCCGCGUUGUUAUUGUUGAAUCUUUACUUACACCUACUUGGCAACGUCAAGCUUUGGCCCAUGCUUUGUUUGACUGUACAGCUUUAGCUCCACAUUCAAUUUUAUUUGCUCCUUCACAUUUGCUUUGUUCUUUUACUUUUAAUACAAAAACUUGUAUUGUGCUGGAUUUGGGAGCGAAUGAAGCUGUUCUUUUUCCUAUUGUUGAAGGUAUUUUAAUGCUUCAUAAUUGGGAAACAUCCAUUAAUUCUUGUGCAAGUGCUUUGGAGUUGGAGGCAAAAAGAUUAAUGCUUAAAUAUGGAAGAGUUCGAAGACAUCCAGUAAUUGUAUUAGAAAGUUGUGAUGAGGGAGGUGAAGAAGCAGAGCAAGCUGAAACUUCUGAUGACGGUCGUCCAUUUGCUGAAUGUGAUUUACCUUUAGCUGACUCAUUGCGUUUAUGGGAAGAUUUAGUUUUUCGUUUUUGCUUUGUAACAACUGCAGCUAGAGGAAGACGACUUCAAACACAUCUAGCCAAUCCAGAUUCUCCUUAUCUUACUCGACCUGUCCCUCCUGUUCAACUCCAAUUUGGAUCAGAAUUGCUUUAUAUCCCUGGAAUUGUUCGAGAGGCUGUAGCUGAACUUUUGUUUACACAUAAUGAUGAAUCUGGUUGUAGAUCUGUUCCUCAAUUAAUUUUGGAUUGUAUUUCUAGGGUCAGUAUUGAUUUACGUCGCGUUUUGUUGCAAAAUUUGCUCAUUGUUGGUGGAAUAAGUCGUCUUUCUGGUUUCUUAGCUAGAUUAAAGACAGAACUUCUUGAUUUAAUUGCUGAUGGUUAUAAACCACAAAUAUCACCCAAACUUGUUGACAUAAAAUUUUAUCAAUUUCCACGUGAAAUUGCUGGCGAAUUGUUUUGUUCUUGGCUUGGAGGUUCCUUGUUUUGUUCUACAGAUUAUAAUAUUGACCAAAGAUCAAUAACAAGACAAGAAUGGCUUCGGACACGAAAAGUAAAGGAUUGGACAGAAGAAAUUGAUAAAUAUUUUUCUAAUUUAAAUAUUAAUAAGGGAGCAUAA